AUCCAGCCCAGACUGUGUUUUGCUGCAGUGAGCGGCAGCCGUGUGCAAAGAAGCGCGUAAAUACGGGUGCGAAGAAAAAAAAAACACCAAAAAGAAGGAGGAUAAAAAGAAGAGAGGAGUGGAGUAGGAGAACAAGACCCAAAAAGGAGAGGGAACACAUCACGCGGGAAGAAAAAGCGAAGAGCGGACCUAAGUGGAGACACCGGGAGGCGGAACGUAACGGUUACCUCCAUUGAGACCCCUGCCCUCGCCUCCUGUGAGCUUCCCCACUCCCCUGCCUCCCAAUUGGAAGCCAACGAGCGGGAUAUCCGAGCGACCGAGCAUGGCUUUACCAUUAGCUCCGUUAUGGAUUGUCAGCGUAAUGACGCUACUCUCCACAGUUUCCAGCAAUGUCAUCUUUGACGACGACCCCCUGCAGCCUGUCACCUCAGACGAGACAGUUUCAGUGGGCGGAGCUGUCACACUGACCUGCCAUGUUGCCGAGAGCGACAACUCGUCACUGCAGUGGUCAAACACGGCGCAGCAGACACUCUACUUCGGCGAGAAAAGAGCACUGCGAGACAACCGCAUCCAGCUGCACCGCUCCACGCCCACCGAGCUGUCCAUCAUCAUCUCCGAGGUGCAGCUGUCCGACGAGGGCGAGUACACCUGCUCCAUUUUCACCAUGCCCGUGCGCACUGCACGUGCCACCGUCACAGUACUAGGUGUCCCUGGAAAGCCUCACAUCUCAGGCUUGGAGAAUCCUGUGCAGGAGGGGGGUGCAGUCACCUUGACCUGCACCAGCACAGGCAGCAAGCCCCCAGCUAGGCUGCGAUGGUUCCGUGGGGACCUGGAACUAGAAGCAGGCCGGCCGGACGUGGUGGAAUCUGUUCCGGAUGAACCCACUUACAACGUGAGCAGCGAGCUGACGCUGGAAGUGAGCCGUGCCGAUGACAACGAGGUAGUCACCUGUGCAGUGGACCACCCGUCGCUCACCCCAGGGGAUAAGAGGAGCGAACAGGCCCUCCAUGUCCUGUAUUCCCCUAACGUUGAGAUCCUACCUGAGAGCGAUCUGCCUCGCGAGGGGGAGAAGUUUCACCUUGAGUGUUUGGGCAAUAGCAACCCAGAGCCGUCCUAUAGUUGGAAGAAGAAAGAUGGAGAGCUCCCCCCGCUGGCAAAAGAUGAGGGCACCUUCUUACGCUUUGAGGUGCUCAACAAGUCCGACAAUGGAGUCUACCUGUGCUUCGCCGACAACGGCAUCGGGAGCAGUGUCGGAGAGUACACGCUGUUGGUGCAAGAUCCCAGCGACCCCACUGAUUCCACGAGUUCUUUUCCUACUUCUACACCGUCAUUUUCCACCCAUGCGAGUGAUCCCACUUCCCCCACUACUGAAUUAUCCUCCGCCUUCCCCACUACUGAAUUAUCCUCCGCCUGGUCCGAAACGGCCACAACCACCAUUUCCGCCACCUCUACUGUACUUUCCAAUGACCUUUUCCCUGGCUUGACCUUCAACCCAGACUCCUCCGCAACCCCUCCGCCUUCAUCCGCGACACCCUCAGUUUCCGAUGGGCUGAACGGACAUGACACCCCCACAGAUGCUGAAGAAAACAUUGCAGACCCCACGGCCAUGUCGACAUCAUCAGGCGUGGACCACGCAGUGAUCGGGGGUGUGGUGGCCGUCAUCGUCUUUAUCCUGCUGUGCCUCCUCAUCGUCUUUGGGAGAUACCUUAUUAGACACAAAGGAACAUAUUUGACCCACGAGGCCAAAGGCUCAGACGACGCCCCUGAUGCUGACACGGCCAUCAUCAACGCCGAGGGCGGAAACUCCGGAGCCGAGGAUAAGAAGGAAUACUUCAUCUAGGAAGGAAGAAGGAGUGAAAGGAGGAAGAGGAGAACGAACAAUCUUCCAUUUUGUUUUCACCACACUCAGUUGCUCAAGAAAGGGGGGGGGGCAGUUGAGAGUGAGGACUUUGUUGGCAUCCAUACAGGGACGUGAGAUUUGCACUGACACGCACGCACACACACACGAUGACUUACUAACCCGUUGUUAUGUUUCGAUCCCUGUUUUCUAACCAGCUCCGAAAUUGUAACUCGCAUUCUUUCCCGAGCCUCCUCACACAUUAACCUUUCCAGAACCUCCCCCAAACUCCUAAAAAAAAAUGGUACGAGCCACCGUGCAUCCCCUCCUACCGUUACCCCAAGCCAUUCCACCUACACACAUGUAUACGUAUAAAUAUAUAUAUAAAUAUAUAUAUAAAUAUUAGCAUUCUUUUUACUGGACGCAAACGGUGUCGGGUGUGCGCGCUGUAAAUACAACGAGGAAGAUAGGGAAAAAAACACUCCUCGCUCGUGUAUCUCACUUCCUAGAAUACUCUUAUUGCCUGUUUUUAGUACAUGCGUGCAGAGUAUUUGGAAAAUGAAAAAAAAAAAGAAAAUAAAUGUAAUCAUGAUAAUGAGUACCAACAAUGGCAUUGCAAUGUAAACUAACUUCAAAUGCAAAUAUUUUGUCGUUUUUCUUGUCGUAAAUUCUGUUGUAUGUUUAGGAAAAAGUGUUGGGGCCUCACUGACAAGAACUACUGUAAUUUUUGGAGUAUAAGGAAAGCCACUCCUGACUAUAAGCCUCACUCACUAAAUUUUCCAAGAACACCUAUGUGAUCUUACAGUAUAAUGUAAAAGCCACAAUGGACCAUAAAUUGCUGGAUUGAAGGGGGGCAGGGUUUAACUGCUUAUAGUCCGAAAAUUAACAUAAUCAUUUUUGACCCCUUCGGACCUAAGCAUGCUGCUGAAGGACAUGACGCGUUUGCGUCUCUAAACCCAUAAUUACACUGAAUUUAGUUGGUAUUGCCACUGGGAGAUUAUUGAAUGAAACUUUACCCAUCGAAAUCAAAUCAUAAGGUUUGGUAUGCCCUCUUUGCUAUUCUUGGCUCUUUAAAAAUGGCUGACCAAACCCAACUUCAAAAAGGAUAAUGUAAAGCGCUCGUUUCUCAUUUUUAAAAAAAUUAACAUUAAAAUUAACCAAUAAAAGCAUGAAAUAUCCCCAACCAAAAAACUGCACUUUGUUCUGGUGUUUGAGUAGAGUAAAAAUCUAUGCAGAUGUUUUUGUUUUUGCUCAGCAGAAAAAAUGCGGGUCUAAAGGGGUUAAAGCUGGAUAUUAUCAAGGAAAUGUUCCAUUUUGGAAAAACAAAACAAACAAAAAAAACAUUCUGGAAAUAAUAUUAUUACAUUUUUGAGAUUUUCCUUUUUGAAACUUUUUUUUUUUUCCUAAGCUAAAUUGAAAAAGACAUAUCGGGGAAAAACAAUUUACCAUACAGUGUUUUUCUGAAAAAUAUUCAUAUUCAACAAACUUUAUUUUUCAAAAAUUGGAAUAGUUUCAUCUUUUGAGGACAAAGUCAUCAAUUUUAAUGAAAGACAUUUUCAGAUAAAAGUUACAUAUUUCGAGGCAAAAGGUCAUGAUACUCAGAUAAGUUGUAUUUUUUUCUCAUUUAAAAGAAAAAUGUCUUGAAAAUGUAAAAUCUUAAAAACUAACCUUUGAAGAUGACAGUUUGUUCCUUGAAAAACUGCCACUUCAUCAUUCUAUUUUAGUUUUCUUUUCAGUGUGGCCUCACUCUUAACUGCUUUUCUGGAACAUGUGAGAGGUGUUUUUUUUGUUUUUGUUCUUGGAAGGGUCAAGUGUUUACAGUCUUCACUUUGCCUAAAGAAACCAAACCGUAGCUCAAAUUCCCUCAUUCAUUCACUUACAUUACACUUACGUCCAUGCUUUGGAUAUUCAUCACGUCGUCAUUUAAUGAAUGGAAACGCUCCUCUUGUUAUCCGUGACAACCUUGCGCCCUUGAAAUAAACGUAACCUAUUCCCAAUUUGGACAGCUCUGUUCUAAAGGGCAGUUGCACCGUUGGCUCGGGUCCACGGCUGCAAAUGGAUGCUAAUCUGGCUAAGAGGCCGCGGGCGUCGGGUGGGCGGCGGGCCAACGUUACACUUGGCCGACGACAUUAACAUCCUCCUCGUCUUCUUCUGCUCGUCCCUUUCUUUUCAUUCUUUAAUCAAUCAACUUCCUCCGCGUCCUCGUCCACCUUCUCUCUCAGUACACAGAAUGUGAUUGAUGUCCCGCUUUCCUGGCAGCAUGUCACCACUUUAUACACUCGGGUGUGGAGAAAAGUAUCAGGACGCCUCCUGUUACAUGAGUCUGGUUUUGAACAAAUAACCCCAGAAGUCUCACAACGUCUUUUUCAAUGUCAUCUGGAGUGAGCACAAAUGGCCAGAAGCGCAAAUUCAUCACUCUCCGAAUACUUUUUUACCCAUUUUCCCUCCAUAUUUUCACUCCCUAUAGGAUCUCCAUAAGAUUUGUCCAUACAUAAUUUUCCUUCAUCCAAACUGCACAUAUUCCCAAUGUUACAAUUCGUGCGGAUGUCCCAAUAAUUUUGACCAUAUGUGGUCGAUGUUUGUUGUUCUGGAACGUUCAGGGAUUCUUCUUGUUUUACCCUUAAAUCCCCUUUACUCCUUUGUCAUCAGCCCCUUUCACGCUACCUGUCAAAACCAAUUUAUCUUGGGUGGUUCUCUCUCCCCACAUUUGAUGUUUUUUGUCGUAAAGGUACCAAUAAUGACUGAGAAAUUCCAGAGUUGGGGGUAGUAUUGGAGGCGGGACGGCAUCUGUGUGAAAUGUUUUGCACGGAUGAAGAAAGAAAUGUUGCCUCGCUGUGUUCUGUGUGAAAGACCCUCCUCGUUAGAGCCAAAUUUUUAAAUUGCACUUGCUGUUUUCCGCGUGAAUGGUACUAAAUCCAUACCACAUAAUUCCUGGCUUGGGAGGUAGUAUCACAGUGUGAUUACGUUAAAGGGUAUACUGUUGGUGUGAAAUCUCACAAUUGUCCUACAAUUCCACAUGGGACCCAGCAAAGCUGCUUCUGUUUGGUGAUAAAAGGAACAGACAAAAAAAAUGCAGAUGUCUUUACCGACCGUGACUGUUUUUUUUGUUGUUGUUGUUUUUUUUAACCUUGAAUGUUUUUUUAACCUGUUGUUAACCGUAUUUUGUUAAAAUGCAGACUAUAAGAAAUGAACUUGACGAUGGGCAAGAUAAAAGGUAUCGUUGUCGGAAUUGAGAGUUCUAAUUAUGAGUUUUUAUUUGCUCUUUUUUUCUGUGACUGGUACGGACUGUCUGACAAUUCUUUUAUUUUAUUCCCGUAUUUGUUGGGUGAUUUGUUGGGUGAAAGGUUCCAAAACAGACCACUUAUAUCCAAUCAAAAUGUCAACGCCACCUAUUUUAAACCGUUUUUACUGUUUUCUCUGUGAAAGGUACGGAGACAUAUUGCUAAUUUCCUGACUUUUUUUUCUUUUUUGUACCCCUUCUUUGGUGUUUUUUGUGUGAAAGGUACCAGGAUGAAUACAAUUUUGCAGCUUUGCUGGGUUCCACAUGAAAGCCCCUUUUUUCUACUUCUGCCUUUCCCUCUAAAAAACACAAGCGUGAAAGGGUUUAGUGACUGCUAACACAUACGAAGCUAACCGCUAAGAGCAAGACAAAAAGCGGCUCCUAUUUUUUUGUGGGGUUUUUUUUGAGGGGGGUUCAUGCUGUCGUUGGCAUCUGCAAACUGGAGGGGGUGGUACUGUCGCCCUCCCCCGUCCAAGGUUUAAACGCCGACAAGAAGAAACAGCUGCGUUGUGCUGCCCCCCCAAAAAAUCGAAAAAGUCAUUUUGUAAAAAAGAAAAAAAAUUACGGGGAAAAAACUGCGGCGGCGGACCUUAUAUUUGCCUGUCAUGAGUGGUCGUGUCUUUGGUCUUAGCUAAUGUGCUAGCAUGUAGCUUGCAUGUGGGCUGGCGUGUAGUGUAGCGUGCACAGGAUAAAAUACCCGCCACCCUCCGGUCUGCAGAUGUCUUAUGAAAAAGGGGGGGAAAAAAAAGUCGCUUCUUUUUGUUUUGUGUUAAAUUAUGUCAAGACGUUCAUAAUAUUUCUUUUUGCUUUUUAUAGAUGUUUAGAUGAUCCGACACUUUAGAUUUUGUUUUUUUGUAUAUAGUGUUUCAUAUCACAACAAGUACGUUGAUUGGACGAAUGAUGAUGUCACCAAGCCGCAUGCUGUGGUUGGAUCUUGUGUUCAAAUUGAAAACUUAUUUUCUUUAGUCAUUUUUGUUUGUUCGUUUGUUAAAAUUCCAGUUUUUGCGUUGUUGACAUCAAUAAAGAUGCAAUUGGGUUAAUUUCAA